CUGUCUUUAGGCCCAGAACCCUCCCUAGCCCGGUUUGCCCGAGUGGGACCUCGCAACCUACCACCUGGUCAUUCUAACGCUUCCAACAUUGCCACCACUGGCGACGGCCACGAUCAGGAUAGAGAAGCUCUGGCACUCGAAGUCAGUUUCAGCGACGCAGAAGAUGACUCUAGCCUACUCACUACUGGCCAACUGGUAGCAGGAUCCCAGGGCUUGUGCAAUUCCGGCACGGGAACUGGUAUCGUUGGCUUGCGAGGUACUUCAGCCAUCUAUCGAGCUCCGGAUUCCAGAAGUCUCGGACAGCCGACCUUGGCCGGUUUUACUGCCAGCUUGGUCGGCCCAGGAUUUACUAAUUGUCAGACGUCAUGGUUACCUGGUCUACAGGAAAGAGAGGAACUGAGUGGAGUCGGCCAGACGGCAGCUUCUACGAAGGCGUCUGUUCUCCAACGUACUGCGAUUAACAAUUUACCACAAGGCGAGGAAGCGUCCUCCAGGCGGCCCACCUCAGUUGACGCCAGCAGAGCUCCAGAAUCGUGUACUUUGAUAGAUGGCCAUUGCGAAGACGAUAACAAUAAAGCAGAAGAGGAGGAAGAGGACGAAGGCGGCUGGAGUGUAGAUGCAUUGGAUGCGACUGGCUGGAACUCGACGCUUUCCUCUGCGCGUAGGGGCAGUUUGGACGACUCGCUACUUUUCACGACCACCACGGACUUUUCAACCUUCUCGGAUUCCAGUGCACCAGAGUGA